AUGGAGCAGACUUCACCCUCACGGGGAGGGCCUUCAUCCCCAACAGCCUCUCGUGAACCUCGACUCCAUCUUCCCUCGACCACCGACCCUCCGGGGCCCCAGAAUCCUCCUAAACCGCUCGUCUGGCUGGUUUUCGGUGCGACCGGCCAUAUGGGCCGGUCCCUAGUCAAAACCGCUCUCUCCCGCAACGAUCUGGUCAGCGCAGUCGGUCGGACGUACGAGAACAGCCCGGAAUGCAUGAAAGAGCUUGAGGACGAACAUGAAAACUGUCUCAGGACUACUACCAUCGCUCGCUUUGGUCGCAUUGAUGUGAUCGCCAAUUGUUCCGGGUACGGCGUUAUCGGGGCCUGUGAGGAUCAGGACGAAUUCGAUAUUCGCAAUCAAUUCGAGACAAACUUUACCGGGACCCUCAAUAUGAUUCAAUUAUCACUACCGCAUUUCCGGGAGCGGCGAGCCGGUCGAUAUCUGAUCUUCAGUUCAACUUCGGGGGCACUUGGAGUGCCCGGCCUCGGGCCAUACUGUGCAUCCAAGUAUGCGGUCGAGGGCUUGAUGGAAAGCAUGCUCUAUGAAGUGGAUAGCUUCAAUAUCAAGGGUACACUCGUUGAGCCGGGUCAUAUGCGUCGUGACGAUAUCGGUGAUUUGGUAUCCCCUUCCGUCAUGGCUGCCAACCCUUCGGAACACAAUCUCUCGUCCCCACUCCCGCUAUAUGGUCACUUCCUCGUGAAGCCGCCUAGUGAACCAUACAACACCACAACCUCCCCGGCAGCCCAUGCUCGCCGCAUGCUCAUGUGGCUCGCAGACAAACAGCCGGCCUCGGCAGUCAAGGCGGCCCACCUGGUCUGGGAGCUUGGUCACUGCUCGUACCCGCCACUUCGCCUGAUCCUUGGCACAUACGCGGUCGAGAGUAUUCGUGAUCGACUCAAGUGUAUCAUUGAGGAGAUCGAAGAUUGGAAACAUCUCAGCUUUCCUCUCGGUGAAACACAGCCUGCGCCAGCGUCUCGAGACCGGCUCGGGGAAGGGAACGAAGGCGAGGAUCCCGCUACAUGA